UUUUAUUUCAAUCCAUGAGCUUAAAGAAAGUAUCACGAAUGGAAUAAACUGUACGGCUUUUAGACAAAAACUAGUUCAGAACUUAGUCGGUGUUUUGUAGUUAGCCGCUAGAUGUCGUGUUAAUUUAUCACCGGUAAUACAUACGAAUCCGUCAUGAAUGAAGAGCGGGCAGCUGCAAAGGAGCUUGAUUCCUGGAUCGAACAGCUAAAUGAAUGCAAACAACUUACAGAAAAUCAAGUCAAAACACUGUGCGACAAGGCAAAAGAGAUUUUGUCAAAAGAGUCAAAUGUCCAAGAAGUCAAAUGUCCGGUCACAGUGAGCGGUGAUGUCCAUGGACAGUUUCACGACCUCAUGGAGUUAUUCAAGAUUGGCGGCAAUUCACCAGAUACAAAUUACCUGUUCAUGGGCGACUAUGUAGACCGAGGUUACUACUCAGUAGAAACAGUAACUCUUCUAGUAGCACUUAAAGUUAGAUUUAAGGACAGAAUUACAAUCUUGAGAGGAAACCAUGAAAGUAGGCAAAUUACACAAGUGUACGGCUUUUAUGACGAAUGUUUGCGGAAGUACGGCAAUGCCAAUGUAUGGAAGUAUUUCACAGAUCUGUUUGAUUAUCUUCCACUCACAGCACUUGUAGAUGGACAAAUUUUCUGUUUACAUGGUGGUCUGUCACCAUCCAUAGACACUCUAGAUCAUAUCAGAGCACUAGACAGAAUACAGGAAGUUCCACAUGAGGGUCCAAUGUGUGAUCUACUGUGGUCUGACCCAGAUGACCGUGGAGGGUGGGGUAUCUCCCCUCGAGGUGCUGGCUACACCUUUGGACAGGACAUCUCUGAGACCUUCAACCACAGCAAUGGCCUGACGCUCGUGUCACGUGCACAUCAGCUGGUCAUGGAGGGCUACAACUGGUGUCAUGACCGCAAUGUAGUGACAAUAUUCAGUGCUCCUAACUACUGCUACCGUUGUGGUAAUCAGGCUGCAAUAAUGGAGUUGGACGAUGCUCUCAAAUAUUCAUUCUUGCAGUUUGACCCUGCCCCGAGACGCGGAGAGCCUCAUGUUACAAGACGUACCCCAGAUUACUUCCUUUAAGGCAAUUAGCUUGUAGGAACAUAUUGAACAACUAUUGUGUCACUGAAAGAUUAUCAGUGUUUUCCGUACAUGCUGAUCUUUAAAUAACUUAUUAUAUUGGCAAAACAAUGUUCUCCAUUAAAAAGAAGACACUGGCUUGAACACUUUUACUUCUUGUGAAUACUGAAUUAUGUAGAAGUAAGUGUUCCGCACUUUUGAUUCUUUGUUAAGGAAGUGUUGCAUUGCCUUUAUGUUUCUUCAUAAUUUUGCUUUAGGUCAUGAAAGGUAUCAAAUCUUGUAUUAUUUACUUAUCUACAUAACAUUGUGCGAUUACAUUACAUCGUCCUUUACAUUAUGUUUUCUUGUUAGCAUCAAACAAUUUAUUUUGACUGUGUUAACAAUAUGAUUUUUUUUGCAAUUGAUUUAGAAGAUAAUGUAGACAUGGUGGUGUUUUAAUUUAUUAUGACUUUCAAAUUUGGAUUACUUUUUAUAACAUAUAACAUAACAUAUAACAUAUAACAUAAAAUAACUUUUGUAAAUACCUGAGAUAUUCAGCUACACAUAAAUUUUUCAAUUUAACUAUACAUAAUUUAUGUUCUUUAUGUUUUACACAUAUUGUGCAUUACAAUGAAUGUGAUUAUGAACAAAUGUUAAAUAAAUUGUGACUGAACAAUA